AUGCUGGCUGGGAUGGAGGGGAGGCCGCGGAGAGUUCUCGCGGGGCUGCCGCGCCUGAAAGCGAGCAAGCCAGCGGGCCUGUUCUCACGCAGGCGCCGCUCGUUCGUGAUACUCGGCAUCGCGAUAAUCUGCUACUUCAUCGCUCGGUCGAUCAAAUACAGCAGGCUCGACAUCGCGGGAUUCCCGCUUCACAGGGAUGCGGUGCGGUAUCCGGAGGCCCGGAACGCGGUCGUCGAGCGGACCUCCGGGCGGUUCAACAUGCCAGGUGUUGGGAUAGUCACCGUGUGUCUGGACCGCUUUGCAAGGCAGACGAAAUGCGAGGCGCUCGUCGAAACAGUGCGAGAUGUGGGGGGAUGGGGCGGCGAGGUGUUCGUGAUCACAGACGCGAGUUCGGAGCAGUGUUUCCGACACAAGCGAUGGAGAGACUGCGAGCUAGACGCCACGAUCAUCCCCGUGGACGUGGACACCCCGCACUGGACCAUGCCCAGCCUCAGCAACACCAAGGGCGUGCGCUCUGUGUCCAAGACCUUCAAGAUGCGCAUCUUCGAAAUCGUCGGACAGGUGGAUCCGUCCAUCGAGGCCCUGCUCUUCAUGGACGGAGACGUGCUGAUUGGGGAGCCCAUGUGCCUGGAGUCUUUCUUCAAGUCGCACGUCCCGCGUCUUGGGCCGGACGCGACGUUCUUUGCCUUUCGGGAGGAGCCCCCGCCCAGCAUCAAGCCGCACGGAGGCAUCUUCCUGGUGCACAAGGAGCACUCCGCGCACACGCUGUCCGCGUGGAUGCACCACUACGUCACCAGCGGCGAAGCGAGCGACCAGACUGCCUUCGUACAGGGGGAGCUGGCGGGCAACAUCACGGGCUUGACGUUCAUGGACACGGAACGACUGCAGUCCAGCCCUGAGUGCCGCGGCGACGACGAGUGCGCCCGCCAGCGGAUGACGUGCUUCGUGCACCUGCACAAUGCGCGGUGUGUCAAGUACGGCGCGGCGUCUGUGCAGCGGUACGUUCAGCGCUGGGGGCUCUGCACCAUGCAGGACAUGCAGUACUGCACGCCCAUGUCCAUGGCCCCGUUCGCCAUGGGCUGGGUUCCCUACAACUCCUGCCAGAAAAUGGAAUUCGGCGUCUCGCCAUUAUGA